GGUUGCUUCAACAGUUUAAAUACUGCAACUUGCGUCUCUUUCCUCCUGUUCAACAUCCAUCGCAUUUUGCCUUGCGCAUCUCCCAUCUAACUUGUGUACUACUGUAGCCUCGCGCCAUACACACUUCAUCUCAACUAUUCUAGAUAAUUCAAUAUGUACCAGGAGCCGAUUCAAACGGGCCAAGUGCCAGUCCAAGGCCCACCUCAACAUCCUUACCCCCCAAUGAUGUACCAGCAGGCUCAAACGGGCCAAAUGCCGGUCCCGGGCCCACCUCAACCUGGAUUUCGUCCUUACCCCCCAAUGAUGUACCAACAGCAGAAUCAAAUGGGCCAAAUGCCAGGCCCAGGCCCAGGCCCGCCUCAACCUGGGUUUCAUCCUUACCCCCCAAUGAUGCCCCAGCCUCCACUUGUGCCCUCGCGGUUCAGGCCUUACCCCCCGGAGGUCUACGUAUAUUGUUAUCAACAAUAUUUACACGCAACUGGCCAAGUCCCCGGGCCGCCAAACCCAGUCCCUCCCCCUCCCCCUCCUCCACACCAUUUGGGUGGGUAUCCCCCCGCCUUCCAGGGUAUGGGUGUACCGCCAGCGGCUGCGCCGCCUCAAUAUCCUUCCGCACCCCCCUUGGCACAACCUUCCCACGACACGCAUUUGGAGCAAGGACUAGAGGAACAAGCACCAGUAGCUGACGCUGAGGAGAGCGCUGUCAAGCGCGGAAAGCGCAAGGCGGCGGACUUGGAUGACGAUGAUGCUCCCCCACGAAAGAAGCAAACGAUUUCCCCCCUUGUUGACUACCCCGAUUUCGAACUGGUCCAAAACAACGGCGAGGUCCGUUACAAGUGCUGCCUGUCGCAGUGCGAAAACGUGCCUGCAGUGCCACGCGCUGGCAUACAAGAUCAUAUCAAAUCGAAGAAGCACCCGCAGGUCAGGUCUCGGUCCCCAUCCCUAGAAUAUUACGAGGCUGUAAAUGACGGGGACUUUUCGAACAUAGGCGACUCUUGUUCCAACAACCAGCAAGAGACUUACGGGAUAUCUCAAGGAACUUGCGAAGAAACUACCGAUUUGACUUCGAGCGAGUCGUUGGAAACGUCCGACAACAGUCUUGACGAGACUACGGAUUCGGGUUGGGACGAGGGGUUCAACGAUUUUUUCGACAUCGAAGCAGCUUGCGAACCAGUUUUUGGCGAGCAGAUUGAAGAGUCGAUCAACAAUCCUGAAGAAACCAUCGAUUCGGCUUCGAGCUCGCUUGACGACAAUCUUUAUGGAACUGUCGAUUCGGCUUCGGACGAGCAGUUGGAAGAGUCUACCGACAGCGCGGAAAAGAGUGUUCACGAAAUGGACAAUAUGUCAUCGGAAGAGUUGCUUGAAUACUGUAUCAACCAUCUUGAUGAAACUUACAACUUUACUUAAGCUCUGGGUGAGUCGUUGGAUGAUAUGUUACAUUGUUUCUUUUUCUUUCUAGGUAUUUUGAAUCGUUGCAGCUUCAUCCUUACUAUAUCUUAUGAUUAUGACAUACUGUGAAUCCGAAUACA